GAUGAUUAGACGCAAGAGCAAUGCCAGGUUCCACGUUAUCUCAACUUUGACAGUCCCCACUUCGCAGAUCCUGGCCGGUCCUCUCCGAGCUGUCACACAAAUAGCGCGAGGGUCCGAUGGGCCCGAACAGCCCAGCCCCAACCCAUGUUAACUCUCCCAAACAGGCUUAGCUCGGGUUCAACAAGCAUCAUUCAGUUGCCCCAACGCCAAAAACUGGGCCGCCCAUUUUCUCAAACUGCGGCAGGGCCAGCUUUGCAGCGGAAGCAGAACUUUGCGAUCUCGCAUCUCCACCGUUUUUUGUUUUCCUCUUCUUCUUUCCCGUUUCAUUCCUCCCCGUCUCCACCUCCACCCAGUCACACAUCACACAAUGUUCUCGCGAGCCGUCCGGAUACCGCGAGUAGCGCCCCUCCGCGCUGCUCAGCGCGCCCAAGCUGCCUCCAUCGUCGCUCGGAGGACCGUCACAACCAAUGCGGCUUCGGCAGAGGUCGAUAAGAGCUCAAUUCCUCAGGCCGAGGAUGAGACUUUCCACAUUAAGCUCAACGAUGAGAGCUUCGAGACUUACGAGCUCGACCCGCCCCCCUACACGCUCGAGGUGACCAAGAAGCAGCUGAAGGAUAUGUACCGCGACAUGGUGGUUGUGAGGCAAAUGGAGAUGGCUGCCGACAGGCUAUACAAGGAGAAGAAGAUCCGGGGUUUCUGCCAUCUUUCCACCGGCCAGGAGGCCGUCGCCGUCGGUAUCGAGCAUGCGAUCAACAAGUCGGACGAUGUCAUCACUUCGUACCGGUGCCACGGCUUCGCCUACAUGCGCGGCGGUACCGUCCGCUCCAUCAUCGGUGAGCUGCUUGGCCGUCGUGAGGGUAUUGCGUACGGCAAGGGUGGCUCCAUGCACAUGUUCACCAAGGGCUUCUACGGCGGCAACGGUAUCGUCGGUGCUCAGGUUCCCGUCGGUGCCGGUCUCGCUUUCGCCCAGAAGUACACCGACAGCAAGAAGGCUACCAUCAUCCUCUACGGUGACGGUGCGAGCAACCAGGGUCAGGUCUUUGAGGCCUUUAACAUGGCUAAGCUCUGGAAGCUGCCCGCUCUUUUCGGCUGCGAGAACAACAAGUACGGUAUGGGUACGUCUGCGGCGCGCUCGUCGGCCCUGACGGACUACUACAAGCGUGGACAGUACAUCCCCGGUCUCAAGGUCAACGGUAUGGACAUCCUCGCCGUCAAGGCCGCCGUCCAGUACGGCAAGCAGUGGACGGAGGAGGGCAAUGGCCCUCUGGUUCUCGAGUACGUCACCUACCGGUACGGCGGCCACUCCAUGUCCGACCCCGGCACCACCUACCGCACCCGUGAGGAGAUUCAGCGCAUGCGGUCGACCAACGACCCCAUUGCCGGCCUGAAGCAGCACAUUCUCGACUGGGGCGUUGCGCAGGAGGACGAGCUCAAGACCAUCGACAAGGAGGCUCGCAGCCACGUCAAUGAGGAGGUCGUCGCUGCCGAGGCUAUGGCCCACCCCGAGGCCACCCCCAAGAUCUUGUUUGAGGACAUCUACGUCCGUGGCAGCGAGCCGCAGUUCAUCCGGGGUCGGACGCCGGAUGAGGCUUUCUACUUCAACUAAAGGAUCAUCUGGAGCCGAGUCUUGUGUGUUGAUGGAUUAAACCAGGGGGGACGGA